CUUCUAAUUCGCGCGAUCUCGAAUCGAAAGCGCGCGCCACGAUCAUACGCCGGUAUAUGGUCGCAAUAGAUUCACGACACUCCAUACAGAUCUGAACAUCACGCACAGUCAAUAUGAAUGGAGAGUUAAAUCACUCGAGUGCUAAUGGGUCUUUAGGUGAGAAGGUUGUUAUUUUGGACGCUGGUGCUCAAUAUGGCAAGGUGAUCGACAGAAAAGUUCGAGAACUGUGUGUAAAUUCAGAGAUUUUACCCUUAGAAACUCCUGCUUUCAUUCUGAAAGAAAAACAGUUCAAAGCUAUCAUUAUCUCAGGUGGUCCAAAUAGUGUCUAUGCAGAAGAUGCUCCGACCUAUGACCCAGCGAUCUUCCAGUGCGGACUUCCUGUCUUGGGUAUCUGCUAUGGCAUGCAGAUGAUGAAUAAGGAAUUCGGAGGAAGCGUUCACAAGAAGGAUACCAGAGAAGAUGGCCAAUUUACAAUCACAGUUGACCCUGCUGUCUCCCUCUAUAGAGGUCUUGAUAAGCAACAGAAUGUCUUAUUAACGCAUGGAGACAGUAUAGACAAGGUGGCGAAGGGCUUUGUGGUCGCUGCCAAAUCAGGGAACAUUGUAGCAUCUAUUGCCAACGAGAAGAAGCGGUUAUAUGGAGUCCAGUUUCACCCCGAGGUUGACCUGAGCGAGAACGGCAAGCAGAUGCUGCGGAACUUCCUGUUUGAGGUGUCAAGCUGCUCUGGAUCUUACACGAUGAUGAGUAGGGAGGAAUCAUGUGUACAGGAGAUACGAAAGAGAGUUGGCAACAAUAAAGUACUGGUUCUUGUGAGUGGGGGUGUAGACUCAACUGUGUGUGCUGCUCUUCUCAGGAAAGCACUUCGAGCAGACCAAGUGGUGGCGCUACACAUAGACAAUGGUUUCAUGAGAAGAAACGAAAGUCAGCUAGUCGAGGAGUCUCUGAGUAGAUUAGGCCUUAAACUUAAAGUUGUCAAUGCUUCCCAGUCAUUCUACAAUGGCACCACGGCGGUCCCCGUCGACAAGACCGACCCAAAGUCCCCAAAACGCAUCACCAAGACGCUCAACCUUACGAUAAACCCGGAGGAGAAGCGCAAGAUCAUCGGGGACACUUUCAUGCACAUCGCUGAUGAGGUGUGCAUGGAACUCAAUCUCAAACCGGAAGAUACCAUUCUAGCUCAGGGGACUUUACGGCCGGAUUUGAUAGAAAGUGCUUCAGCGCUUGCAAGCUCCAAUGCAGACGCUAUCAAAACCCACCACAACGACACCGAACUUGUCCGUCAGCUCAGGGCCAAAGGCCGCGUGGUCGAACCUUUGAAGGACUUCCAUAAAGACGAGGUGCGAGCCUUGGGGAAAGAUCUAGGUCUUCCAUUGGAUGUCGUUCAUAGACAUCCUUUUCCAGGUCCUGGUUUAGCGAUCAGGGUUAUAUGCGCAGAUGAACCUUACAUUGGGAAGGAUUUCUCAGAGACUACUAUCUUAUUACGAUUAUUAGUCAACUAUGCAGAGUCUAUGGAUAAGCCCCAUGCAUUAGCAAGUAAGAUCAGUUCUGCCAUGACAUCAGAUGAGAUCGAUCAGCUAAUUACUAUCACCAGUAAGGUUAGGUUAGCGUCAACGUUGCUUCCAAUCAAAUCAGUUGGUGUUCAGGGAGAUGGUAGAACGUACUCAUAUGUUGCAGGGUUGUCUUCAGACGAGUCUCCUGAUUGGGAAGCCAUUAUGCAGCUAUCUAAACUCAUCCCUAAGAUAUGCCACAGUGUCAAUAGGAUUGUUUAUAUCUUUGGUGAGCCCGUGAUGGAGACCAUUCAGGACGUAACACCGACCUUCCUCACUCCAAACGUCCUGGGGACGUUGAGACAGGCAGACUUCUAUGCCAGAGAAGAGCUCAUGAACAGUGGUUAUUACAAGAAGAUAAGUCAGAUGCCGAUCAUACUUGCCCCUGUCCACUUUGACCGUGAUCCUGUCAUGCACCAGCCUUCGUGCCAGCGUAGCGUCGCUAUCAGGACAUUCAUCACCAAUGACUUCAUGACAGGAAUCCCUGCGCAGCCAGGCAAACACAUACCAGAAGAAGUUGUUAUGAGGAUAGUGAAGGCUGUUUACAGCGUGCCAGGGAUCUCACGAGUCAUGUACGACCUCACAGCAAAACCACCCGGAACAACCGAAUGGGAAUGAUGACGUCGGCUUUAAGGACUUUCAUGACGGACAAGUCAAACUGGUCGGCCAAGAUAGGUUUACAUUCAGGGGACAGAAGGAGAGGAUUAAGGCAAAGGCCUGAGAAGGAAUGUGAUUAUCCGGCCACUUUUUUUUGUGAAGGAGAUUUAGAAAUUGCAGGGAUGUAAAGAGAAAUCUAGAAGAUUUAGAGAUACCCUAACCAGAGUUAGACUCGAUGGCCCGUAUUCUGAACUCGGGUUUGAAUUAUACCCUGGUUUUAAGUUGUGGUUUAAGUAUGGAGAGCCAACUGGUUCACAAAUCCCUAAUUGUAAACAUUCAAUUUAUUAACUCACAGGACAUCCAAAUUGUUCAUAACUGUCUGGGAAUGAUAACUGAAGUAUUUUUCUUCAUUAUGAAACUAAAAGGAGACGAAAUAGUAAUCAUAAGAAAUAUACAACUUAAACAGAAUUUCCGAUUUUUUGGCUCCCAUAAUUUUAGUACUGAGUUAGACUACGGUCUAAGUUAAACCUGACUUCAGAAUACGGGCCAAUAGCUUGAAUUCUGAAUCCGGGUUUAAUUUAAAUUCUGGUCUAAAGUUGUGGUUUCACUAUGGAUAGCCACUUGUGGUUUUACUAUGGAUAGCCACUUGUGACGCAACUUUCUCGCUGUAUUAGUUCAUUUGAUGCCUGAUUCAUUCAAAGUUUUCAGAGAAAAAUUACUAGAAAUAUUUUUUCACUAUCAUUAGGAGCAAGGGAAAGAACACAGUAAAUAUAUAAAAAUAUACAAAGUAAAUAAAAAAUUUGACAUUUUUGGCUUCCCUUAAUUUAGUAUUUUAGCCUCAGUUUAACUGGACUUCGGAAUGUGGGCUAAUAGGAAUAUGUAUAACAUGGGUAAUUAUUAUGUGUAAUUUACUGCUGUCUCACAUUUGAGUAUUUUGCUGGCUCCUAUCUGCGUAUUGUUCAAACAGAGAGCUAUGCAGACAUGUAGUAAAUCAGUCAAGGGUGCUCACCAACAACAAUUACAUUACCGGUAUACAAUAGUUUUGUCCAAUAGAAAUUUGUAACAAUACAGUCACUUCUAUGAUUUGAUUAAUAAAUUGGGUUACGAUACAUGAUUAUGGGAUACAUUUAUAGCAAACCAUGUUUAUCAUUUUGCAUUUGUAAUGUUAAAGCAAAUAUGCAAUAAUGUAAUCCUUAAAAAAAAAUUAUGGCUUUUAUAAAGUGAUUAUUUGUAUUUCUAUUUAUAUCUGCUCUUUCCUAUUUGCUGUUCAUUCUUUGAGACUACUGAAAUAUGACAAGUUUCAUAACCCUCAUAGAAAGUAAUUAAGGUAUGUAUGAAGGCAUAGAGUUAAUAGAAAUAAUUAUGGUUAUGAAAUCUCUAAUUUAUGUAAUCAUAUACGUUUUGAAGUGGUUUUAAAAUUACUAUUUUUGUAGAAAUUUUAUUGACAGGGUUUGAUAGAGUUUUUAAUUGGACAUAGAUAGAAUUUAUUGAAUAGUGCUUGAUUUAUUUUUGGAUGUAUUUUUUAAUUUUGACUCUAGGGGCCGGUUUCAUAACGAAUUACAACUACAUAGAUGAUGACUUUUCCAUUUUGUGACUACCUUGGAAACUUUGAUUGUGAUUGGCUGCUGAGCCCUGUUACCAUGGUAGUUGCCAUAAUGGCAAAGUUACAAUAGUUGCAAGUCCUUUAUGAAACGGUGACCAUAUUGAUUUUCUUCUGUUUUAAUGUUUAUCUCCCAAUGCAUACCAUGUCAGUCAAUACAGGCUGUUGAAGGAGCGUUAUGGGCGUUGUUGCAAAUCAUUUUCUACAGAAAAUGAUUUAACACGGGUCAAGUGUCAAUUUGAUCUUUGUCGCACAACUCCCCGAGUUUGUGGCUAUCACAAUUUCAUACUCAGUGGGCUCCAUGUCACAUGGUUCCAGUCCUGACAUAGCACUAUAUUCCUUAGGUAAGGCAUCAUACACAAAUCUGCCAUUCCUCACCUUCUUGUUUGCAGUGUCCUCUUUACUCCUGCAAUGACUGGGUUAAACACUCAAAAUUGCUAUUCCAAAACAAGUGCGUUCGCAUUUCGGCAACCAUUAAUAACCUGGGUGGAGAGUGUCAAAUCCAUUUUUUAACAAAGCGCAAAGUGCUUAAAAUUUCUGUUUGAACUCUAAACGCCGUAAAGAUUCUGUAGUUCCUUAUGGUUACACAAUAUCUGCCAUAGUUUAUAUUAUCUGUGAGAAACCCUUUCAUUCUGUCUUGUGCGAUUUUGUUAAAUAUCACUGACCUGCGGUUAAUGUAACAUGAUUUUUUGUUUCCAAAUCAAUUUAUCUUUGUUAUAUUUCUAUCGUUGUUUGGGGGAUUGUUGGUUUGCACACUUGAAUGUUGGAAGUCAUUUAUAGGAAUUUUGAAUAGUGCUGAAAGAAGUCUUGCCACAACUUUUUCAGAAAAUUAUUAUGAUUUCUUGAAAUCCACUUUGAUAUUUUUCUCCAAUUGAAGUGAGAACUAAAAGAAAGUUCUCAUGGGGUCGUUAAAAAUGAUAAUCAAUAACUUUAAUCCAUGGGUCCUCUUGUUGCUUACUUUCAAAGUUUUAUGCUUUCAGAGCAAUUGAGUAAAUGAAAUCACCAACUAAAUAUUCUUAUGUAUGUCAGGUGCCAUUUCAUCAUUCUGUCAUUGGCUUAAGUUUGGAUUAUAA